UGAAAGCUGCUCAGCGACAACCCAACGCGAAAAUUGAGCUUAAAACAAACUCAUUUAUAUAUCUUUACGUUUGUCCAUGUGAAAUUUAAAGAAUCGUGCCAAGAAUAGUAUCAUCAUUUAAUGUGUUGUCGCUGUGAAAUCCCACAUGAACUUUGUUAAGUUAAGUUCUAUUGGGUCCCGAGCAGCUCGAUUCGAUUUCACCUCCCCAGUUACAGCGGCUUUCUCGACCCGGCUUUAGUUCCCCAGUCAAGCCAGUACUCCCCGGGCGCCACUCUUUCAAGUACCGUACCUGUCCUUUUGGGCUUGUUGUUCGAGGUAUCUACAAACUACACUGGCACUGCUGCAACUGUCCUGGAUCACAUCAGUCUCUGAGCUCUGAUCACCGAAUAAUGAUUAGCCAUGCCUUGUAUUGCAAUAGGGCUACCAGUCACAGCAUUGGAUGUUACAGAAAAUUUCAUAUUGGCAGGUGAAGGCCCAUUUCUUCAUGUAUUUGACCUUUCGGCCGAACAGGCUUCACGGUUCAGCACUCAAGUCUUACAUCACCAAGUAAUUCAUGGAAUAAGGAAAGGUCAUGGAUCCACUUUCGCUGUGUUUGGACAGAAAGCAAUCAACUUUGUCAAGAUAGAUCAGCAAAACAAAUGUAUAUUUCUCCUAAAUAAUGCUCAUGAAGUCACAGACUGGAUAUGGGAUGUGUGCUGGCUCCAGUCAAACACUGUUACAAGUGACACGAACAAUUAUGCCAAUGAGGGAAAGGAAAAGGAACAUUCAUUGGAUGCCAUUCUCCCCAAUACGAUGGUUGCCAUAGCGACCGGCCACAACGCUGUUCUCCUGUGGGACGUUGCUAAGAUGUGUGUUUUAACAUCAGUCCACUGCCAAGAAAACUGCAUUUUAUACUCGGCAAAGUUCAUCGGUCAAACAUGGAAUGACCUGGUGCUGGCGGCUGGUACAGUCUUCAACCAGGUUGUGUUUUGGCGCCCUCGCGGGUCGAGAGAUGUGUCAGGACGUGUUGUAGUUGAUUAUAGAUUCAAGGGACAUCAAGGUGUUAUCUUUAACAUUACCUACAAUGCAAAGUUAGGGUUGCUGGCUACUGUCUCUGACGAUCGCAGCAUCCGCUUGUGGCGCCACCAGCAUCCCCCGAGGCCAUCGGGAGAUAGACCCACUGAACCUGAGCAUAUCCUCUAUGGACACAGUGCCAGGGUUUGGUGCGCAGAAAUUCUUAGUGAUAGGAUAGUAAGCAUUGGAGAGGAUGCUACAUGCUGCAUCUGGAACAUGAAUGGAGAAAUAGUGCAAAAACUCAAGAGUCACAAGGGCAAGAGCAUUUGGAGUUUAGCUGUUCAGAGAGAUGGAUCAUUUGUUGUAACAGGAGGUGGAGACAGCAGUAUAAGACGAUGGUCUCUUAAAAAAAAGCAACAUCAGUCACCAGCCGACACAGCUCCAUCAAUCUGGGAUGUCCAGAGAGAGUUCAAAGCACUUCUAAAGGGUCAAGAAGAGGUCAUGGGUAUAGAUGCAGAUGUAGUGCCCAGGACACUGACCAUUGCAUCUAAUGGUCAGCUCCUGGUUAUGACACAGGGAGGGUAUUUGUUUGGUUGGUCCAAUAUUUCAUCAACGUACCAUCUUGUGAUGCAUGAUGGGAAUUAUCGGUCCUACAGUGUCAUGGCUUCUCCACCGUCAUCACCAAUGGUUGCUAUCGGCAACAUCAAUGGCUACCUCAAACUCAUCUCAUUAGGUGAAGAUGGAUUUGUGAUCAGUGAAACCGAAGUAAAAGCACAUGAUGGGAAUGUUGUUAAUGUUACUUGGGCGAGCAAUGAAGACCUUUUCUCUUCUGGACUGAAUGGAAUGCUUACAUGGUGGAAAGUUACAGAGAGCCCUUCACUGGCCUUGCAUGCCCAUGCCCACUUCACCCUGCCCCCGUGUAAGCAGCGUUGGGCUACCUCAGUCACACUCUACGGUGAAGAUCGGUUUAUAUGCGGGGACAGAAGGGGAUCGGUCCAUCUCUAUCAGUGCAGCCACAUGCAGAAUGAUAGGCCUGGUCCAGUUAGUUCUAUACCAGGAAUACAUGGCAAGGCUGGAACCUCUUUUGUCUGUCAGUAUGAUGGAUCAGUUUACAGUGCUGGAAGGGAUGGGACGUAUCGUCAGUAUUGCAUUACGGAGCAAGGAGAGAUCAGAUUGGAAAAUACUCACAAGGUAUACAAAGGGUUUGAAUGGUUGGAAAAGCUUGUUUUCACAGAAGAUGGUGAUCUGCUUGUUCUUGGUUUUCAUUCAGUCAACUUUGUAGUGUGGAGUACAUUGAACAACGAAGAACUACUCACUAUACCAUGUGGCGGAGGUCAUAGGUCAUGGGAUCUCUCUCCGUUAGAUGAUGGUUCAAUGACCUUUGUAUGCAUCAAGAUGAAACAGCUCCUCGUACAGCAUGUGCCAUCUCUUGCCUGGCAACGACAGACCAUCCUAAAGGAUGACCUUCAUGGCAGGGAAAUCACAUGUAUCAAGGUUUUAAGAACAAUGCGGAUUGCAGGUAAAGAACACCACGUUUGCGUCACAGGAAGUGAAGAUACAAAGGUCAACAUCGUGUCAUUCUCAUCACCAGAGUCAUGUGCCAAUUCCAGCUCUAAUUCAAUAGCAUUAUGGGAUAUCAAGGUUCUGCAUCAUUUGCAUGCCCAUGUGUCAAGUGUGAGAGCGUUAGCUGUCUGUCAUUCCAAGGCCACAGGAGAUGAGAUGUUGGUGUUCUCGGUUGGUGGUCGAUACUCUAUCAAUUGCUGGAAAGUUAGCUUCUGUUCAGAGGCAUCUAAUGUAUCCUCCAUUAAGCAGAUCUGUUCUGUCCGCCAUCUUGCCUCUCACUCCUCGCUCAUCUCAACGAGAUCCAGACAGAAGCUGAGACAGCAGGGGAAGGUGUUAGACCCCGAUACCAGGUUCUUAGGAGUGUCUGUCUGGCGGAGGGGUAAUGGGGAGGGCGUGGCUCCUACCGGUGGAGGUCUUGUCAUGAUGUGCGUAGCAAGCUCGGACGCUCUCUUGAGGUUUUUCUGCUUUGAUGAGGACCAAUGCAAGAUCAUUCCUCUUGGGAGUAGUAGCACACAUGAUUGCUGUCUCCUGUGUGUGACCUCUAUUAGUUUAACCUCUGACCUUGAGGUAAAAUCUCGGAAUAUGGUAUUGACAGGAGGAACCGAUGGACGUAUUGUUGUGUUGGAUCCGCAGGGAGUGGAGGCACAAGCUCGUAAAUGUGAUGAUGACAACAAGGAGGGGGAGGAGGAAGAGGGGAGAGCAGGUGAUGCUGCAAGAUACUUGGACACCGUUCAGACUUCAUUGGAUGAUGCAAUAAGGACAAGACAACAAUUGGAGAUUGAUGAAUCCAGUAAAGCAGAAUUGAGUGGAAAGAUGUUGGAGAAGGAUGAUACAGACACAUUGCUCAAGAAAUAUUCUCGCAAUAUACCAAGCAAUAGUCUGGACAGUGAGGCGGUACCUUCUGCUACUGGGUCACCCAGAGCCUAUCAACAUGCAAUAGACCAUAUUUCUGCUACACAUCAAGGUGGUAGAUCAGGGGAAGAAGGAGGCAAGUCCCUCCUCCAUCAGGAGACACCAUCAAGCAAAUCUUUAAGCGCAGUAAGGACUAGUGGGUCUCCUAGCUUUCAGGGUCAUUCCUCUCCUUCAUCCAGUCUUCCAUUUGAUAGAGAUGAGAACAUCCAAAGCAUUUCCAUGGCAACCUACAAAUCAACAGAAUCUGUAGCAUCUCCCGUGCAAUUGACUAAUAAUGAUGUGGGAGACAAGGGCAAACUGCAAAAUGCAGAGGCCAUGUCUAUGUCACCGAGGCAGGCAGCAGCUGUGACCUUUGACGAGGUGGAAGGUCAUGACACAGGGUCAGGAGGUCAACUUGUGUCAUCAUGGUCUGCGCAUCAAUCAGGAAUCAAUGCUUUGUCAGUAUGCAAUGUUCAGGAUGACAAAUGGUUGGUCGUCAGUGGCGGUGAUGAUAAUGCGAUAACAGUUACUCUCGUAGACUUCACUUCCUCAGUGACCACUGAGAAUGAACGUACUAUAGGUACAAUUCUUGAUACUUACAAGAUACCUACAGCCCAUGCUACUCAGGUUACAGGAAUUCAGUUCACGAAAGAAGCAAAUACAUUCCUAUCCGUAUCUGUGGAUCAGAGAUUGAAUCUGUGGAGACUGAAACUAUCUGAAGACAACAGAAAGAUUGAAGAGGUGAGAAUGAUGUCAUCAAGCUUUGUUCAUGUCUCUGAUGUUGCUGGAAUGGAUACAUGGUGUGACAGAUCAUCCAGUCAGCAAUAUGCAGUGAUCUGUGGACAAGGUCUCCAACUGCAGAGCAUCUCAACGAAGGAAGAUGAUGCCAUAAGAUGAACCAGGACUUUCUAAGCCCAGACCUAGGAUUCUCAUAUGUUCUGCAUGUCAAAUGCAGAUGUGAUAGUUUGAUUUGAUCUAUUUAGUAUGUGGUAUAGCGUCUUUCCCUUUGGUUAUAAAGCGCUUCUCAUUCUGCUUCAAAAGAUAAAAAAAUUGUCACUCCCAGUGAUAUUUCAAAGGAGACCAUUUGAGCAAUAAAAACAUCAAAGAUCUUUAACUUACUUAAUCAGCCUUUAAGAGCUUUUUGAGCUGGUCCACAAGAGCUGCACUUUGCUUGAAUGUAGGUAGCUUGUUGCAUUACUAAUUCAAAGCAAUAACGGUAGAAGAAAAGUCACCGGCAGGUUUUCAGAAAGGAGAAUGAUUACUUUAAUGAAGCAAUUUUUCAGACCGUAUUGUGCAAAGAAGAUCCA